UGCGAUAAAGUAAAUUAUUUAGAUUAAAGAAGGAAAUUUGCUAAACUACACGCAUCACAUGAAAUUAAAGUUAAUUUAAACUGCAACCAAAGAUAAGGAAAAGAAACACAUCGACAUGAAUCAGCUGCAAUUCGUUAGACAAAGAACUCUGCACUGCACCGAUCAAUUAACUGAUGGUUUACACUUAAAUUUUUCCUGAUGGCGAACAGUUGUUCUAAUUUUACUUGGUUUCUUGGACGUCGUCAAAGUUUCCUGCUUCCGAGUUUUUUCUAAUUUCUUAUCCAACCGUUUGAUUCUGGACACUUUCCUAAAUUAUUAUUCCCACCCGCAAUGCACUUUUAGUCUCCACGAAUUGCAAUGGAACUUCUACCACGGGGAGGAUCAAAUAUUCUCCUAAAUUUACAACUGUAGCCUCAAUUUCCGUCAUCAUGACCGGACUGCCCUUCAGCCUCGACCUCGUCAGCUUCCUUCCACCGUUCCAUUCUACUCGACGACACAGGCUUGGCGAACUUUUGACGGAAUCUUAUUUUCUGCGUAUGGAAUCCAAUAUUCUCCCAAAUUUACAACUCUUUCUGUCAUCGCAACUGGACAUCCCUCUACGAAUUUUGUCGACCUCCAACCUCGUCGCCACAUCGAUAAGUAACCUCCUCUCGUCCACAUUGAGUUGACAUCGUUUCAUAAAAAUCUAUAAACCAAUAUAUUUAGCGUUUAACUUUCCAUUUAAAAAUCCUAUUAUUUUUUAAGUCCAAAUUCUCUUCCUAGUGAAAUUUAUGCUAAAAUUUAUUGAGUACUUUAAACUUUCUCGCAAUCUUCACUUUAUCAUUGGUUAGUCUGUUUACUAUCCAGUCUAUUUGAAAAAUGGUUCCAAUUUUAACACAUUUGCGAAUUUCUUGUUCUAUUUCGUCUUUUUAAACUUAUCCCAACUUGACUUCUUUCAUAAACUUCGUUUUCUUAGUUCAAUUUACAUAAGUAUGCCUUAACGAAAUGAAAUUCGGUGCAUGGUUAGAUAUCUGUAUUAAUCAAGCAAUAAUUUUCUUUCGAGCGCCCUUAGAAGUCGUUUUAGAAAAUAACAAAGUAAGUUAUUAUUCUUCACAUUUCAAGAUAUCGGGAUGUAGAAAAAAAGAUGCAAAUCUUGCUUGUAGAUUUUGAACUUAAGCUGGAUGUCAAAACAGUGGAGUAGAAACUUAAGAAAUAAUGGUGCAAAAUUUGGGAACUUGUAAAGCCCAAGUUGUUGGUCGCACGUUAAUCAUAUAGUUGUUAAGGUUCUCUGAUUUUGUACGAUCAAAUUCAGUGUCGUGCGGAUUAUAUGUCUAGAGCGAUUAAGUAGUCGACUUGUGCGUAAUUCUUACUUUAAUUACGUUGCUCUUUACUAGUCCUCCAAUAUUUGCAUGCAUAUUUUAUCUGUAGGAGAAAUAACGAACACACGAAGGUACCGUGUUCAGACACCGUAUUGUGCAAAACUUUGCGUAGGUAGUUAGUUUUUCAAAAAUAUUUUCACUCAAACAAAAUUCAUUUACUUGCACAAUUUAUUACCGAUCUUAUAAUAAUUCUUUUUCGAAAGUCAUCUCAGAAAAUAACAAUGUAUGUUAUUAUUCUAGACAGAUUGUCAUUAAAAAACACCAGAUUUAAAUAUUUCCUCUCAGUUUUGAACUUAGGCUGGAUUUUAAAACAGUGGAACAUAAAUUGAUCUAAAAACAAUGGGGUUUUUAUUAAGGUUUUAUUGAGUUUUUUUUUACAUAACCGGAUAAAUUUAGGCAGAACGAAUGUCUAGAUAAUAAAAAAAUUGACUAGGUAAUUCUUAGUUUAAUUACGUUGAACUAAAAUAGUUCCCAAAUAUUUACGUGCAUAUUUUACCUGUAGCAGGAAUAGCGAACAAACGACGGUACUGUUCAGACACGAUGAAUUCUGCAAAAAUUGUAAAUUUGCAUAGUUUGUUCUUCAAAAAUAUUUCCAUCGGAACCAAAUUCAUUUACUUUUGAAAGUUAUUACAGGUCUGAAAUUGAAUUUUUAUAUCAAAACUAGCUUAGCCUAAAUCUGUUUUCGGCGCAAACUUUUUUUACUGUGUUGUAUGCCUAAUGUACUGGUCUGACAUGCAUUUGAGAACAUUCAAAAUUGAAAAUUAUGUAAAGCCAAAAAAUCACUGGAUAGGUCAGCAUGUUUGUUAACUAAAACUGCGUAUUGCGUAAGGUUUCUCAAGAAAUACUAAACCUGGGUCAUUUAUUUCUGACUGGGUCCUAUUAAUAGAAAAAAAUUGGACUCGUUGCUGACAACUUCCAAAGUUGACGGCAAUAUGUGUUUCGUUAUUUUGUCCCCAAUCAACUUUAGGUUAGAUUUCGUAUGAACAAUAGAUUGUAUGACGAGGGAAUUUAUAGUAAUCAAUUUUUCUGCAAUUUGUAAUUUGCACUUCUCUAUAUUAGUCAGGUAAUAAUGUGACACGUACUUAAUAAUUAUCUUUCGAGAGUCCUUAAAGUCAUUUUAGAAAAUAACAAUGUAAGUUAUUAUUCUAGACAUUUCAAUAGAUCGUCGACAUGUAAAAAAAUACAUAAGCAAAUCUUCCUUGUUAAAUUCGAACUUAAGCUGGAUUCUAAAGUAGUGGAGCUUAAAUUAAUCUAAAAAAUAAUGGUGUAAAUUUAUUACGGAAACUUGUAAAAAUGCCCGAGUUGUUGGUCCCACUAUCCUGCAUUUGUUAGAGUUCGUCGUUUUUUUUGCACAUCUGGACAAAUUUAGGUGUACAGUAAUUUGUCUAGAGCGAAGAAUUUGUUCGACUAUUUUAAUUUGGUCGGGCAGUUUAGUCUGUACGUAAUCAUGGACUUCCUUUUACGUAAUUCUUCAUUUAAGCGUCUUGGACUAGAUUUGUUCUCCAACAUUUACGUGAAUGUUUUAUCUCUGAAAUGGUGAACAAACGACGGUACUUUUUGGCCAUUCCGAAUUAUGCAAAAACGGUAAAUUUGCAGUUUGUUUUUCAAAACUAACUGGACUUGAGCUGGAUGUCAAAACAGUGAAGUAGAAACUUAGAAAUAAUGGUGCAAAAUUUGGGGAACUUGUAAAGCCCAAGUUGGUUGUCCCAGGGUAAUCAUGUAAGCACAAUUUAUUACCGAUCUUAUAACAAUUAUUUUUCGAAAGUCAUCUCAGAAAAUAACAAUGUAUGUUAUUAUUCUAGUCAGAUCGUCAUUAAAUAACACCAGAUGUAAAUAUUCCCUCUCAAUUUUGAACUUAGGCUGGAUUUUAAAGCAGUGGAACAUAAAUUGAUCUAAAAAACAAUGGGUUAAAUUUAUUUGGGAAACUUGUAAAUGUCCAUCGUAGAGUUUUUUUUUUUUUUUACAUAACUGCCAGUUAUUAACUGGACAAAUUUAGGUGUAGAAUGAAUAUUAAAAAGAUUAAAAAAUCGAUUGGGUAAUUCUUAGUUAAUUACGUUGGACUAAAAUAGUUCCCAAAUAUUUACGUGAAUAUUUUAUCUGUAGUAGGAAUAGCGAACAAACGACGGAACUGUUCAGACACGACGAAUUAUGCAAAAAUUGUAAAUUUGUAUAGUUUAUUCUUCAAAAAUAUUUCCAUCCUAACCAAAUUCAUUUACUUUUGAAAGUUAUUACAGGUCAGGUCUGAAAUUGAAUUUUUAUAUCAUUCUUUAUAUGAGCUUGGGCUGUUUUCGUCGCUAUGUUUUUUUUACUGUGUUGUAUGCCAAAUGUACUCGUAUGACAUAUGCAUUUAAGUUGAAAAUUAUGUAAAACCAACAAAUAUUUUAUCUUGUUCAUAUAAGACUUGGAACUUGGAUAGGUCGGCACUACGUAUUAAUUCGACCGAUCGUCUAAACUUCGAGGGACUUCUGCGUGUUAACGUUUUGUCAAAUGUAUGAUAGUGAAAACGAUAUGCGUACGAGUAAAUAUUUACUUGUCAUUUAUGAUUCCUCCUAUUUAUCAAGUCGUAAAAGAUGUUGAUUUAUUCUCCCUGAGUUUAAGACAAAGCUAUAAUUAUUGAUUCCAUUAAUAUUUUUUUAAUGUCAAUUGAUCAUACAAAAUUUGUAUGACACCGUUUAUCUCAAAUUCUUUAUCAAUUUAUUACUGUUUUACCAAAUGUAUCAGUAACUCAGUUAAACUAAAUAAGGAAUUCUGCGUAUAGAAUAGGCCAUAACAUCAUCAAAGAUAAUUGCAGGAUCUCUGUCUCAAUUCUAACGCGUUAUAUAUGUGAGCGAGGUUUCUUCUGGUGGAAGUAAUAUGCCAAUUGGUCAUAUAAAUUAAAUCUGUGCUCCUUAAACAAGUUCAAAACAGUAGGAAACUCGGCCUGAUGCAUAGCUGAGAACGGGUAACAUUCAGCUUUGAUUCAAAUUAUGUUUUUGAAAGGAUGUUGUAGAUCCACAUUGACGAAAAUAAAAGUUGAUUUUGAUGGAGACUGGUAACGAUGAAGAACAGGUGCCAAAUCGCGAUAAGAUUUUAAACAAAGGCCAGUCUCUGCUUAGUUUCUCCAAAUAAGCAAAAAAUGCGCACAAAGUCAAUCACUGCGAAAACUUUCCUUUGAAUGGAGUCACUUGUUCACACGCAUUCACACUAAAAUAGUAAAAUGUCCUUAAAAUUUUGUUUUAUUUAUGUGGAGAUGCAUUUUUCUAACUUUGCCACGAAUUAUAUUCCGCCAUUUAUUAUAUUCACUUAUUUAUUGUGGUAUUGAUAAAUAAGUUAUUAAAUUUCGGUGCUGAUUUUUUGCAGUAAAAAAAUUCCAAGCUAAUUCCAAAUUUACCAUGCAAAAUGAAUAAUGUCUUCGUUAAUGCGGAAAUGCAAACAGGUGACAUUCGAUGGCGUGAAUUUACCUUAAUUAAUUUUACUGCAACCUGUAAUUUGCAUUUUCUUAUCAACAUUUUUGGCUCCAUAGGCUUUCGUGAUCUUUGCUUUGUAAUUACAUAUUAAGUUACGUGGUAGCAAUUAGCGAGUAAGUAAACCAAUUAAGCUUAUGCGAAGAAAGUGCAUAUUCAUAUGAAACUUCGUAAUGUUUGCAUAAGAAUUGGAUUGAUUUUAUAGUCAUUAUUCAUAAACAUCAUGCCAUAAUAAAGAUAGGUGUCUAAUAUCAUCUUAUCAUCCUUAUGAUGAGGUCGGGAUAUGUAUAUUUAACAAUAUGGUUGUAUUAAUUGAUUUUAUGAAAUCUUAAUUCUAAAGUGGGAAUGAUUUAAAAUUUGUCAAAUUCUCGGUAGAAAUAUACCUUGGACAAUUGUAAUGUCUCUCAGAUUUACCACGGCUUUAUGUGUUUUCGAAAAUUGGUAGGUUACAUGUGUGGAGUAGAUAUGUCCCAAAGAUAGUUAGGUUGACCCCGUUAAUGUUUGCCCUUGAACUUUGUGACACGGUUUAGCUAAAUGUUUAUCAAUUUAGUACUGUUAUACCAAAUGUAUCGGUAAAUCAGUUGAACCCAAUAAUGACGAUUCUGCACAUAGCUUAGGGCGUAACAUCCUCAAAAAUUGAUUUUAGGAUCUCUAAUUGAAUAACUUUAACUUUUCAAUUGUCUCGAAUCUAUUGAAAAAUCACGUCUUGGUCAAUAAACUCUACGAUUGGCCCUCUAUGUAUUAUACUUAUUUAUCGUGGUAUUGUUAAAUAAGUUGUUAAAUUUCGGCUCCAAUUUUUUUAGUGAAAAUUUACCACGUCAAUUCCAAGUGAUAAAUUGAUCAUGCCAAAUGAUUUACUUUGUUAACGCGGAAAUUAAAACAGACCGAAUUUAAUGGUGUGAAUUUGUAUUGAUAAAUUUACUGCAAUUUGUAAUUUGCACUUUUUUAUCAUUCGAUUAAUUGCUGUUUUGUCCCCAGAUCCAUGGAGUUAAAUGAUUUUUGAUUUUUAAAUAAUUGUAUGCCACAUUUUUUUCAACAUUUUAUGAGAACUUGAAAGCUUAACUUCAUAUCGUUGAGGCAUACUGGUCUAAAAUCUCUAUCUAAAACGUAAAACCUACCCUAUUCUAAAUAUUUUUUCCUAUAUCUUUUUUCCACGAAUUAGGUACUAAUAUUAUUUGGUAUUGCUGUUAUAAUUUAUAAAAAAUGUUGGGAAUUAAGUUGUAGUAAUUCUUAAAUUCUAAUAUAACUAAUUAUUUGUUUACAAUAUUUUCAACAUACGUACCAUACACACCGUAGUAUUUAGUUUUACACGUACGUAGAAAAUUAUUACAUAUUUUUCGGUAUUACUAGUUGUUCAAAAUUAUUGUAAUCGAUUUGUAUUCCUAAAUAUUUGAGAGCACAUUAAUAAACAAAAUCAAAGAGGUACAUACGUAAAUAUGUAUGUGUAUCUGUUUUACUACAGCGUGUUAUCAGCCCGACCGAGUCAUAAUUUACAGAGGUCGAAUUGUCACAUUUCCCAAUCCGCUUAUUCCUUUUUCAAAUUUCGUAUUUUUGCUUAUCUCGGUUAUCUCAAUAAUCAUCUAACAUUAAAUAAAUUUGUUAACCAUGAUGACCUUCACAUUGAUACGUGUGACCUUAAUUUAAUCUUCAUCUCAUUUGUCGUCGCACAAAUUUUAUAAUUAUUUUUAUGCAUCUUGUAUCGUUUUUCCCCAUUAUUUCCAGAGCCAAACGCAGGAGCUUCCUGCACGAUCAAAAUUUUUCAGUAGAGUUUUAGCCUUUUAGCUCACUCUCGUCUUCCGAAUUUGAAAUUCUAUUGGUUUAAUAUUAUCAAAAUGGAUUCACACCCCGAAAAGAAGUGGAAAUGUCAUCAUUGCUCGUGGACGUUUAAAGGCAAAGGUGAUUUUGACCGUCAUCUCAUGACACACGACCCAAACGCAAAAGUCAAAUGCAAGAUUUGUGGAAAGAUUUUGAAGAAUCCUGCCACCUUAUCUGCCCACAUGUCACAUAUGCACACCCGCCGCAUCCGACCUGCUUGCAAUAUUUGUAAAGGAACGUUUUCGAACCUUGCCCAUUUACGGAGACACAUUGACAACAUGCACCCCACCAAGGAACGACCUCGUUUACCGUGCGGAUUUCCUGGUUGUGAAAAAACCUUCCGGAACAAGGAUCAAAUUCCGUGUCACAUAAAAACUGAACAUGUCGAGAAUCCGGUCCGAUUUCCGUGCGCACUUUGCGGAAAGGAGUUCAAAGCCAGAAGUCAACUUGGACAGCACAUUUCUUCCCACACGACUGAGAAGCCAUUUAAGUGUGCCACUUGUGGGAAGAAGUUCGGGUUUCUCGGGUACAUGAAAAAUCACGAGAAGACACAUAUUCAAAAGCCUGACCGGAAAAUCUUCAAAUGUCAACUUUGUCUGCAGACUUUCGUCGCAAGAGCAAAUUUGCAGGGCCACAUUCGGGUUAUUCAUGAAAAUCAGAGGAAUUAUCGGUGCACAUUUUGCGACAAGAGUUUCGGGCAUCCAUCAGCUUUGAAGAGUCACAUGGAAUGGAAACGCCACACGGAUGAGGAGACCAAGAUUUAUUCUUGCGACAAAUGUGAGUACAAGAGUCACUCGAAAGUCUAUUUGGCUCAACACGUGAGACGUCAUCAUAUUGAGAAGAGGCACGAGUGUUACUUUUGCAAGAAGCAGUUUGCUACCUUCAAUGAAUUGGUCGGACAUUGUUGUCGAGUUCAUACUCUUGAAAAGUAAAUGUGUUUCGUUGCCCUUAUAACUUUAGCAAUUUUAUUCUCGAUGUAUUGUAGUAAUUUUCAUGUGCAAGCGAUAUAAAGAAGUAAAAAUGUAAUAGGGGAACAAUUUCCUCGGAGGAAAUCUGUUCCGUUUGUUUUAAAGAUAUGUAUGUAAUGCAUGUUAAAAAUAUGUAUAGUGCAGAAUUAUUUAAUUAAUCUCACUUUUCCCACUAAUUAUCUAAACAUGAAAGAUUUGAAAUAAAUUUAUCAACCAUGAUGACCUU